AUGACAGCUUAUGAAAAUGGCAUAGCAUUUUUGAAAAUAGUGACUUUAUCUGUUAUUAUAAUAGUAGUUAUGCUGUCACUUGAUCCAGUUAUUGGAGCUAUUGCAGCCGGUAAUGCUGUCGUCUUAAAACCAUCAGAAAUUUCUCCAGCCACAUCAGCAUUGCUGGCAAAACUGGUAGGGGAGUACAUGGAUAACUCAUCUAUAAGAGUUGUUGAGGGAGCAGUUGAUGAAACAUCAGCAUUACUGCAACAAAAGUGGGAUAAAAUUUUCUACACAGGUAAUGGAAGAGUGGGACGCAUCGUGAUGGCGGCUGCUGCUAAGCACCUUACACCAGUUGUGCUGGAGCUUGGAGGAAAAUCCCCUGUUGUUGUUGAUUCAAAUUCAAAUAUCAACUUACAAGUUACGACUAGAAGGAUAAUUGCUGGAAAAUGGGGUUGCAACAAUGGACAAGCUUGCAUUUCUCCCGAUUAUAUUAUAACCACAAAAGACUAUGCUCCUAAGUUGGUGGAUGCUCUAAAGACUGAAUUAGAAAGUUUUUAUGGAAAGAAUCCAUUGGAAUCAAAAGAUUUGUCACGCAUUGUAAACUCGAACCACUUUGCUCGCUUGACUAAGCUUUUGGACGAUGAUAAAGUUUCUGGUAAGAUUGUGCAUGGAGGUGAAAAGGAUGAAACCAAAUUGUAAGCUCUGUCUUCUUUGUUGGAGAUUCUUCAUUGAUGAGAUUACUUUGAUGAAUUCAAGUGUGCAUUUUAUACAAAGGAUCAAGUGGACGAAAUCAAAGAGGAGUGGUGUCAAUUCAUGAUAAAGCUGUGUAAUUAAUGUGUACAUUUGUAGUAUAUGUUAUGACUUGUAAAUGUGUACAUAAAUUUGUAUAUAUUUUGAUACAUUUA